AUGUGGGGGAUUUACUUCAUUUAUGACCUUCCGGCAUCCCUGUCGGUUCCAUUACAAGAGCAUUUAUCACUUCCAGGCUCUCAGUAUACAUACCUUGUGUCGGCACUCUAUACCGCUUAUGCGGCACCCAACACGGUCCUGCCGCUGUUCUCGGGGCUGGUCGUGGAGCGACUAGGAGAAAAACGAGUUCUCCUUGUCACGCUGAUGAGCGUGGUAACUGGCCAGCUGAUAUUUGCGCUCGCCAUUCAGUUCCGAGUCCCGUUUGUAAUGAUUCUUGGGCGUGUCCUCAUCGGCUUAGGGGCGGAGAUCAUUGGUGUCUUGGGAAGUGAGAUCACGACGCGCUGGUUCAAGGACAAGCAAUUAUCUUUGACUUUGGCAAUGCUGUUAUGCAUAUCGAGACUAGGCUCCGUCGCGGCUUCCAUUUUUGUCCCCAGAAUGAUUGAAGCCUUUGGUGUGGUGUGGACUGUAUGGGUAGCGUCGAUAUUCUCGCUGGGAGUGGCCGUUACUGGUUUACUUUAUUUGCUAGCAGUCGACGUUUCUAUAGCAUUGCACCAUGGGAGCGAGAGCCUUCAUUCGGCACAUUCAAUUCGUCAGUUUCCUCAUGCCUUCUGGCACUUGGCUCUGAUUUGUAUACUGGGCUACGGAGGUAUCAAUACUUUCACUAUGUCUGCGCAGCGGUUCCUUGCCGCAUGGUUCUACAACGGAGAUCAACGUAAAGCUGGAACUGCUAUUGGGAUAGAACCAAUCGGAGCGAUGUGUCUGCUUGGAAUAUCAUAUGCACUUUAUGGUGUUGCAUUCUGGGCCGGGCUUGCACGAUGUCUCCUCUCCGUCGUCGAGUCGGCAAAGACAGAUGUGUCAGACAGCGAGGAGAGAAGUUCCGUUGACGGAUGCGAAUAUGGGACUAUUAGUCUCCCGAAUCAGUUCUCUGAUGAUCACUCUGAUGUUUCUGGUGGAAAUAACGAGUGGGAAAGAUCGGCGGAGGAUGGCAUCAUCACACAUGGCUAUGGAAUCAUGACAAGUCUCAAUAACCUGAGUACCGGUGUGGUUCCCGUCUUCCUCGCCAAGGCAGAAAAUGCCUGCGGGUUUAGAGGUCUGGAGUUCUUUUUUCUCAUGUUAUCUGUACUAGGGCUUUUUGCAUCUGGUGGGUUGUUGUGGUCGCGAAGGACCUAG